AUGUGGAUGUGUCGCUGCAAUCUCUCUCCACGAAUUCAGAGAAGCCAAGACGUAUUUACUUUCCCCAGUUACCACGUGCAUGGCACCGGACUCUCCCGCACGCCACUUCAUGGCUCCUCCACCUCGGAAGAAUCAGUCCACACGGCCGGCCGGCUUUCGCUCCCUCGCCUUCCAGGCGCAGACACGAGGACACGGCCGGCAGCGCAGGAGGAGAGCGUCGGCUCCCGCCCGCGAGCUCUAGGCCUCGCUGUGCGGGGAGAGCCCGGCUUUAUUUUCUGGGAUAUCCCCUCCUCUCUUCCCCCAAGCAGCGGUGAGGAGCUCUCGAACGUCGCGCCAACGUCAGAGGUUUUCCUGACUUGGAUUCGAAGCAAGGUGGUGACUGCAGGCUUUGCAGCGCGGUUGUGCAAAGCCACACCGAAGAGCUCACUCUCUAAUAUCACACAUGGACGAAACAAUCGAGACAGGACCAAGCUCCUUUGUCAGCGAUUCCUGCAUCUCAGCACCCAUCAGCCCCUGCACAACUCAUUCCCGACGCACCAGAAACCCUCCCAGGACGUUCCCAUCAGGGUAGCAGCCAGCGACGUGCGCUCAGCGCUGUCACAUGAGCGUGAACCUCGGUCUCUGGAUGCUGCCAGCCAGCGCCAUCAAAGCCAAAGCCACGAAGAGAGAGACCGCCCAGCAGCAUUUUGCUGGCAGCGCGAACACAAAUGCCCAUGAUAGCAGGAGCAGCCCGUACGAGGGAGGCAGCUUUUUUCCUCCUAAUGCGACACACACCACAGUCACCAGGUUGGCAGAG